CAAAAGAUUCAUUAUUUUUGUUUUUAUCAAGUUGUUUCAAAUAAUGCGGCAUUUUAUUUAAAUUAUAUAAUAUGCAAAUUAGCUUACUAAGAAUAACAAAUAGGUUAGGAGUGUGUAAGGUGAACAUUAUGGCGACGAGACAGUCCAGUGAUUUGUCAAAAUUCAAAGAGAAUUUAAAAGGAGCCAAAAAUAUUGUUAUCUUAUCAGGUGCCGGUAUUAGUGCUGAAUCUGGUAUUCCAACAUUUAGAGGUGCCGGAGGAUACUGGAGAAAGUAUCAGGCGUCGUCACUAGCUACUCCAGAAGCGUUUAAAGAUAAUCCAAGUUUAGUAUGGGAAUUUUAUCAUUACAGACGAGAAGUUGCAGCCAGAGCUCAACCAAAUGCAGGCCAUAUUGCUAUAGCUAAAUUUGAAACCAAACAUAGUUCCAACAAAAACAUAACAGUUAUAACACAAAAUGUGGAUGGCUUGCAUGUACGAGCUGGAACAAAGAGCUUAAUAGAGCUCCAUGGAAACUUGUAUAAAACUCGUUGUACCAAGUGUAAGGAAGUUCUUAUUAAUAUGGAUAGUCCUAUUUGUGAAGCAUUGGCAAAUCGGGGAGCACCAGAUGUAAAUAUAGUUGGCUCAGACAUCCCAGUCAAAUCUUUACCACAUUGUAAGAAGGCUAACUGUGGGGGAUUAUUACGGCCCCAUAUUGUGUGGUUUGGAGAAAGCUUGGAACCUGCUGUGCUGGAAAAAGCUGGAGAAGCAAUGGAAAGCUGUGACGUGUGUCUGGUAGUAGGUACAUCUUCUGUAGUGUACCCAGCCGCCAUGUUCGCGCCGCAAGCCGCUGCUAGGGGCGCCACUGUCGCCGAAUUCAAUAUAGAAACUACUCCAGCCACUCCGGACUUUCAUUAUUACUUUGAAGGCCCUUGUGGUACAACCCUACCGCAAGCUUUGGAUGUCUAAAUGUAUUUGAAAAUAAUAUGAGAUAGCACAGAUUUGUCACCUGGUUUAUAUGCCAUUAAUGUAGGCUUAGGAGAGUUUCAUAAAAUUAAAAAAUCAAAAUUAAAUUAAAAAAUGUUAAACAUUUUAUAAAUUAAAUGUUGGAGGGAUUGUGAUCACGUUAUUUAGUUUUAGGAAAAAAUGGUAAAAGUAAGUUUAAAAAUUGUAAAAAGAAUGAUGUUGUAAGUAAAAUGUGGUAUCCUUUGGAAAAAUUAUAUAUUAUUUACUCGUUUA